CGGGUGGGGUGCGGCCGUCCGGGUGAACUGGAGGAGCUGAGGCAGUCCGGAAGGAGCUCGCUAGGCUGCGCGGCGCGCGAUGUGGAGCCGCCGCCUCGGCCCCUGCAGCAGCCGCUGUCGCCGCCGCUGCUGCUGGGGCUGCCGCCGAGCCGAGGGACAUGGAGCGCGGCUGCAGAGAGCGGCCACCGGCAGCAGCAGCAGCGAGCGUCGCAGCGACAGCGGAGCACCGCCCGCCCCGUGAGGCGCUGCCCGGCCAGCGGCGGCAGCGGGAGCAGCAGCAACAGGGUGGUUGAAAAGCCGGCGGCGGCGUUCCUCCUCGCAACCGCCCCUCCCGCUUCGCCUCCCCUCAGUCUUCGCUUUCUCAGCCUUCCCUUUGCCACCCCGUCCUCCUCCCCAGCGCUCGCGGAGCAGCGGAGCCCGGGGGCGGGGGAAGGGGGCGCGUGCCGCCGGCGCGGGGGAGGGGCGGGGCGGCGCGCGCCGCGCCCAGGGCUCUCGGAGACCCGGGGGGCGCGUGCCGCGGCGUGAGGAGAGGCGCGGGGCGGUGCGACGGGGCCCCUCCCCCUUGCAGCCUGGCGCGCGCCGGCCGGGCCGCACCGCUGCGGGCUCCGCGCGCGCGGGCCAUGUCCGCCUUUUGCCUGGGCUUGGCUGGCCGCGCUUCAGCACCCGCAGAGCCGGACAGCGCCUGCUGCAUGGAGCUGCUCGCCGCGGCCGCGGACGCAGUCGGGAAUCCAGCCGCAGCCGCCGCCGCCGCCGCCCUUGUCUCCUUCCCCGGGGGCCCCGGGGAGCUGGAACUGGCGUUAGAGGAGGAGCUGGCGCUGCUGGCGGCCGGGGAACGGCCGUCCGACCCCGGAGAGCAUCCUCAGGCCGAGCCCGGGCCUCCAGCCGAGGGGGCCGAACUGCAGCCGCCGCCCGCCCAGGAUCCCGAGUUGCUGUCGGUGAUCCGGCAGAAGGAGAAGGAUCUGGUCUUGGCGGCCCGACUGGGCAAGGCACUGCUCGAGAGGAACCAGGACAUGAGCCGGCAGUAUGAGCAGAUGCACAAGGAGCUGACAGAUAAGCUGGAGCACUUAGAGCAAGAGAAACACGAACUAAGAAGACGAUUUGAGAACCGAGAAGGGGAGUGGGAAGGGCGUGUGUCCGAGCUGGAGAGUGAUGUGAAACAGCUUCAGGAUGAGUUGGAGAGGCAGCAGGUUCAUCUACGGGAAGCAGAUCGAGAAAAAACACGGGCUGUCCAGGAAUUAUCAGAACAGAACCAAAGGUUAUUGGAUCAACUCAGCAGGGCAUCAGAAGUUGAGAGACAGCUAUCUAUGCAAGUCCAUGCCCUCAGAGAAGACUUUCGGGAGAAAAACUCAUCAACCAACCAGCACAUCAUCCGACUCGAAAGCCUUCAGGCCGAGCAGGUUCUUGAAAUCAAGAUGCUGUCGGAUCGGAAACGGGAGCUGGAGCACCGUCUCAGUGCCACCUUAGAGGAGAAUGACCUGCUCCAAGGGACUGUGGAGGAGCUACAGGACCGGGUGCUGAUCCUGGAGAGGCAGGGCCAUGACAAAGACCUCCAGCUGCAUCAGAGCCAGCUGGAGCUCCAGGAGGUACGGCUCUCCUACCGACAGCUGCAGGUGAAGGUGGAGGAGCUCACUGAGGAGAGGAGUCUGCAGAGCUCUGCAGCCACCAGCACGUCCCUCCUGUCUGAAAUAGAGCAGAGCAUGGAGGCCGAGGAGCUGGAGCAGGAGAGAGAGCAGCUGAGACUGCAGCUCUGGGAAGCCUACUGCCAGGUUCGCUAUCUCUGCUCACACCUUCGAGGAAAUGACAGCGCUGACUCGGCCGUCUCCACGGACUCCUCAAUGGACGAGUCUUCAGAAACGUCGUCUGCCAAGGAUGUACCAGCAGGCAGCUUGCGCACUGCUCUCAGCGAGCUCAAGAGACUGAUACAGAGCAUUGUGGAUGGCAUGGAGCCCACGAGCUCCCGGAGAAUUGAUGAUGACUCCUUAGAAGAACAGAUAAGGCAGACCAGUGAGGAUUCGAGAGCCCUAAGGGAACUCAUGGAGGGAGAGAGGGGUAAACUGAGGCAAAGCCUAGAAGAGCUGCAGCGGCUCCACAGUCAGGUGACACUGCUGAGUGUGGAGAUGACUGCAUUGAAGGAGGAGAGAGACCGACUCAGAAUGACAUCUGAGGACAAGGAACCAAAGGAGCAGCUUCAGAAGGCCAUCAGGGACCGGGAUGAGGCCAUCGCAAAGAAGAACGCUGUGGAGCUGGAACUCGCCAAGUGCAAGAUGGACAUGAUGUCUCUGAACAGCCAGCUACUGGAUGCCAUUCAGCAGAAACUGAACCUCUCGCAGCAGCUUGAGGCUUGGCAGGAUGACAUGCACAGGGUCAUUGACCGACAGCUGAUGGACACGCACCUGAAGGAACAGAGCCGGCCUGCUGCUGCCCUCUCCAGGGCCCACGGCUCGGGGCGUGGCGAUGAGCCCAGCACCGCUGAAGGCAAACGGCUCUUCUCAUUCUUCAGGAAAAUUUAAACUGGGAGGAGUCAGGCCAGCAAGGAUGGGUGCACUGGAGGCGACUGAAAAGGGGGCAUGUGAGCAGCGCACCAUGUGUGCACACCAGACCCCACCCCCGGGCCAGGCUCAGCGGCCACACUGCCCACCCACACAGGGGCCAAGUCAUCGAGGAGGGCCCACUCGGCCUCUGAAGGCUGCUCUCAACAGAGGGACGGGCAGGAGCCUUGUCCCCACUGCCUGGCCGCACCCAGCCUGGGCUUCCCUGGGAUCCGCUGCUGUUGAGCAGGGCUCGGACUGCCUCCAGAGUGGCCCCUUGGUUGGGCUCUGCUGCUCAGACCUGAUGGAUCACAACCCACCCCGCCUACCCCUCAAUGACUCCCGUGCCCAACCCCAAGCACCGUUGCCCUUCUGCUUUGGAAUACGGGGAACGGAAGAAAUGGAGGCCCUUUCUGCAUGCCUCAGGAGGCCCUGGCUGCCCCCAGCUGGUCUGAGCCACGGGGGCCUAGUCCUGCAGGGCACCAGGCCCCAGCCUGAACCCCACCCUCCAGCAACGCCUGGCCCAGGGAGGAAGCGGCCCCUCACCCGCGUGCAUGCACCUCUGCUGGAGCACCUACGGGCCAGGAGCCCCAGCCUGUGGGGCCUGACGGCUAGGGCUACUCUCGCACUCGGCCACAGCGGGCCCUGCCGGGGCUUGGCUGAGGCCACCCCGAGCCUAAGAGGGAGAAGGGCCUGCCCCAGCCCCUGCCACUGCUGCCCUCCCUCCCCCACCCCCUCCAGUGCAGGCCUUCCUCCUCAACGGGGCCCUCUGGAGGCUUAGCCCUCAGCCCUCUCCCCUUCCUGGCGCCAGGGCUGAGAGGGGUCUGCUCCUCCCACAGGUCCCUGGCACCCCUUACCUAUACAAGUUCUUGGCUCGGCCAAUUAAGUCUAGGCCACAGAAUGGCUCCAGAGGGGUCUGUGGUCAGCCAUUCCACCUCAAGGGCAGUGUUGGCACCACGGGGUGGACGCCUCCACAUGCUGCCCACCGGGCCCACAGAAGGACCAACCCGGCGACCCGACUCCUGAUCCUUCCUCAGCGACCACUUCACCUUCUCUGCUGAGGCCCUGACUCAGAGGUACCCGGACUGAGCCAGCCUGCAAGCCGCUUUACAAAGGCUCGUCUCCCUCCCUCACAUGGGAAAAGCACAGCAGGGAUGAGUGGAAAGAAUGUACCUAUAGAUAUGUACAUACCACAGUGCUGUAAUUUUGUAUGUAGCAAUCAUGUAAAUACAUGUAUGGAUUUUAUAAUAUACAUAUUAUAUAUGAAUCUAUAAAGGCAUAUUUUUAGAAAAACAGCACACCACUGCUUCUUUUGAAAAUAGUCUCAAGAAUAAAAUGAAUUUCUACAGAG